CUCCCAGACGGUGGGAGCUUUUUACUCGACCGCUAAUUGCAGGCUUAAGUGAGUGUGAAUUUAUGAAGCAGUCAAGUCGCAAAGUCAGCAAUUCAGAAAAUCUGAAAAUCCGACAGGGAACUGGAGCUACUACUAUACCAGGGCUAUUCCUGAUCUGGGACCUUGUCGACUCUAGGCUGCCACACUUUCGAAGCGAAAAGCAAACUGGUUCAUCUUGGGCCUGGCCUCACACUAUAUUAACAAUCGAGCUACAAAUUAUUACCUUUAAUCAGCGGGGCCGACUACCGUGCCACGCACCAACGCCAGGCCAAAUCACCAAGUUAGCCUCCGUGAUCUCUGUUUAUGUCCAGUCAAUCCAUUCCGGCGGCGAUCUCAUCUCGGGGAUCUUGACAGUUGCAAAUUUGGCUGGUCAACACUAAAACCACUUCUCUUCUCAGCUGCACUAUGCUAAAAUCCGCAGUCGAUGGAUGUGAAUUUUUUAUGAUGUGUCAAAUUAGCCAUAAAACACACAUGCACAGAAGAGCAAAUAUUGAUUGUAAGUUUAGUAGUAAAAGAAACGUUAUAGCAUACUUAGAACCCUAUUAAAUCUAUUUAAUAAAACUACUCAAAAAAUAAGA